AUGAGCGGGCAGUCCUUCGAUGCGAUGUGGACGGCUCCGCCGCCGCCGUCCUACAUCGACACCGUGUACAUGAACCCACAGGACUACGUCGUACUGGCCACGAGUAGCGGCGAGGAAGCGUUUGUGCACCAGGACUGCUUGAUGGAGUCGCCUGUGUUGCGGCUCGCGUUUCGCAAGCGCGUCCCCCUCUGUACGGAAACCGUCUUGGUGGUUUUUGUCGAGGAGGACGAGCCAUCGAGCACUGGUGCCUCGUCGCCGAGCGUAAAUGCCGCGGAUGAGGUACUAGCAUCCGUGCAGCCUAUUGUCGCAGCGGUGGAGCCGGUCGCUGGCGACGAAGGAGGUGGGUGCAAGGAGAACGAGGGCGACGACGUGCCACAAGACGCCGGCGCAGCAUCAGUAGAGGCGGGGGUCGAGAAUGCGAUGGCCCCGGAGCCGCAGCACCCAGUAACCAUCAAGGAGACGCUUCGGACGGACAACUCGGUGCGUGUCAUAUUUCCGCGUCUCGACGGCGGCCAGCUAAAUGCUCUUGUGUCGUACCUCUACUUCAAGCACCGCUACAACUGCCGCUUAUCGGAGGAGCGGCCAGCAUUUGAGGUGCCUGCCACUGCCGCGCUGGAGGUGAUGCGUGUUGCAGAGGCGCUGGAGUGCUAA